UUCCUUGGUUCGUGUGACAAUCAGAACUUAACCGACACUAAAUCUGCUUUUGAUCUUACGGAUUUUUCCUCAGAAAAUAGUGUAAAUACAAGUGAAAUCAAUUAUAAGGAUCCACCAGUUCAAGUGAGAUUUCAUCCACUCUAUCCUAAAGGAUUAAGGGUGUAUAUUGUGAAUUACAAGUUUCGCUUAGUGCGAGUGUUCGCGAGUGUCAAUGAAAAGAUGCGAAGAUUCGAAGCUGGCAACUUGAACCUGUGUUGGGUCCGGGUGCCGACUAUGGGUCCCACGCUAGACUGGGGCUGGGCAAACUCCAACAUAUUAGUGAAGCUUAAGGAGGGAGAUGUCAUUUACUACUGGAUCAGGGUCUAUGGGGAAACCAUUUUGAAUACUAAGCUCAAUGCAGUGCAUGUUGUUAAAGAUUUCUUCAACAGAAACGGCACAAGAAUCAAGCAGAAGAAUCUCAUAGAGUAUCCAGAUACAGAUUAUGACAACAAGUUCUGUCCAGACCCUGACUGCGGUGCCUCGGACUCACAAGUCCAGGGCAGGUCCACCCCCUGCGCUGGAGACAUCAUGUUCCGAGAGGAGUUCAAUGAACCAAUCAAACGAGGUGGGGUGAGGAAGUGGACCCCAGAAGUUGCUUUUGUAGAUGGUCCGGAUUUCCCAUUUAAUUUCUAUUCAACUGAAGGAACGGUAGAUGUGGAUAUGAGGAAUGGUAAUUUGGUGAUCAAACCAGUGUUGCUGGACUCAGUAUACGGAGACGGAAAAGUGUAUGGAAGCCUCGACUUAACCAGAAACUGCACGGGUCUUUUAGAUUCAUCAGAGUGUAAGCGCGAGGCGUUUGGUGCUGACAUCCUUCCCCCCGUUAUUACUGGCAAGUUGACAACCAAGAACUACUUCAAUUUCAAAUACGGGAAGAUUGAAAUUCGUGCCAAAUUACCAUCAGGGGACUGGCUUAUUCCAGAAAUAAUCCUAGAACCUACAGACCACGUAUACGGCAACGGUCGCUACGCAUCCGGGAUGCUUCGGAUAGCAUUUUCACCAGGAAAUGCUGAGUCAUCCAGGACUCUAUACGGGGGCCCAGUCCUGUCGAGUAGGGAGCCAAUCAGAUCGCAGUUCUUGAAGGAAAAAAUAGGGACCGAUGAUUGGAACAAGGAGUUUCAUAAUUAUUCCGUGGUUUGGUUGCCAGACAGCAUAACAAUGUUGGUAGAUGGUGAAGAGUACGGGUUUAUCGACAAAGGCAUUUUCUUCCAGUCGGCCGAGGCUCGCGAGGACAAGCACACGGCGCGGUGGCUCGCCGGCUCGGCCCUGGCUCCAAUGGAUGAAAUGUUCUACAUAUCCCUCGGUCUGCGGGUAGGCGGAUCGAACGAUUUCCAAGAUGUUAACGGAAAACCGUACAAGAACGGCGAAAGGAAGGCAAUCCUGAAGUUCUGGGAGGCCAGAGACUCCUGGCUGCCAACCUGGCGAGAUGGCAGCAUGCUUGUUGAUUAUGUUAGAGUUUACGCUUUGUAACUAAUUAUAAUACUCAUAAAUAUGAAUUUAGAUAAAAAAAUAUAAACCUUUACCUCUUCCUCUUUUAUUCAAUAGAAUAGAACUAUAGGACGAAAGUUCUUCAGGCAGAUAAAUUGUCCCAUUUAAACUUUCGAUACCGUAAUAUUUUUGAACACUCUGUAUACAGAAUAUACUGUAUUUUUCUCGCAUCUCUAGUAGUUAUAUAACAGAAUCAAAGUUGAAAACACCAAAUUUUCAUGAAGGUAUCUAUUUAUUUUCGACUUCAUUAAAUGUGUUAAAAAUUUACAAUACAUCAAACCGUGCAGUGUGUUUCAAAUAUUUCUUUACAUAAUAUCGCCCGGUGAAGACGUGACAUAAUUAUUAUAAAAAUGAUAAAUACAAAAUUAUACAAAACAAUUGAUAGCAUUAAAUUGUACUACUUUAGGUUUACCAAAACAAAUGUACAACUAGUGGCCGAUUCUGAUGAAACAUUAGGUCUUAGCAUAAAAAGACACAAAUAAAACUAAGGUACGUACCUACCUACUUGGACGCAAAUUUAUACGUCAAAAUAGCGAUCAUGAUACUCGCUGAGGCUACAGAUUUUUGAUACGGGAAAUGUGGAUCGGCUUUGAACAGAUACACAGUAUACAGCGCUUUCAAGCUUUA